AUGUUACGCAACAAAGUUUCAUUUUGCUGUUUACAAAACAAUUCAAACAGACUUCAAUUUAGUGUUCAAAUUAGAAAGAGAAUUUAUCUGUUAAUGGUUUGGAAUGAGGACAAGAAAAUAUUGUGCAAACAUAAUGCGGAUACCCGCCCCGUGGCAAGCAAAAAAGGGAACAAAGCAUCGAAACCUUAA